UUUGAAUGAUUUCACUGCGCUCGGCGCUUGCGGCGGGCGCGGCGGCGGCGGCGGCGGGCGGGAUCCUGGGAGGAUCCGCGGCGGGAGCAGCGCGCCCCUGGCCCGUCGAUGGCGGCCCGAGCGGGUCCUGCCAUGGCCGCCUGCGGGCCGUGCCGCUGUUAGGAGUGGCAGACUCGCUGCGCGUUCGCCCAUCCGCCUCGGCAGCCGGCGGCUCCUCCGCCGACAUGUCGCUGGCUAUGGAGGAGGAGGAGUACGCCCGGCUGGUGAUGGAGUCGGAGCCCGAGUGGCUGCGGAGCGAGAUCAAGCGUCUCUUCCAGGAGCUGGGCGAGACCACCCGGGAGAAGAUCCAGGCGGCAGAGUACGGGCUGGCUGUGCUGGAGGAGAAGCAGCAGCUGAAGCAGCAGUACGAGGAGCUGGAGCUGGAGUACGAGACCAUCCGCACCGAGAUGGAGCAGCUGAAGGAGGCUUUUGGACAGGCCCAUACCAACCAUAAGAAGGUAGCAGCAGAUGGAGAGAGCAGAGAGGAAACCUUGAUUCAAGAAUCAGCUACCAAAGAAGAAUACUACAUGAAGAAGGUUAUGGAGUUGCAGACAGAAUUGAAGCAGAUAAGAAAUGUCCUUGCCAACACACAGUCUGAAAAUGAACGCCUUAAUUCUGUUGCACAGGAACUGAAGGAGGUCAACCACAAUGUGGAACUUCAAAGGGCCCGCCUGCGCGAUGAUAUUAAGGAAUAUAAAUUCCGAGAAGCACGUUUGCUGCAAGACUAUACUGAACUUGAAGAGGAAAACAUCUGUCUCCAGAAACAAGUGUCUGUCCUGAAGCAAAGUCAGGUGGAGUUUGAAGGCUUGAAACAUGAAAUCAAAAGACUGGAAGAGGAAACUGAGUUUCUCAAUAGCCAGCUGGAAGAUGCCAUCCGACUGAAGGAGAUCUCUGAGCGCCAACUUGAGGAGGCACUGGAGACACUGAAGACAGAGAGGGAGCAGAAGAACAACCUUCGGAAGGAACUGUCUCAUUACAUGAACAUCAAUGAUUCCAUGUACAACAGCCACUUAAACAUCUCUUUGGAUGGGCUGAAGUUCAGCGAUGAAGCCACAGAGCCCAAUAAUGAUGAAAUCAUGAAUGGAUUUGAACAAAACUGCCUCAGCAAACUCAGCAAUGGCAAGAACAGUACUUCAACACCUAAGAAAAAUGAAAGCUUCCCUCCAGCACCAAGUCUGGUUUCAGAUCUUCUGAGUGAAUUAAACAUUUCUGAAAUCCAGAAGCUGAAACAGCAGCUUGUGCAGAUGGAAAGAGAAAAGGUUAACUUGUUAACAACACUGCAGGAAUCUCAGAAGCAGCUGGAAAAUACACGGGGGGCCCUCUCAGAGCAGCAUGAGAAAAUUGGCAGGCUCACUGAAAAUCUGAACGCCAUGAAGAAGCUUCAGGCCAGUAAGGAGCGUCAGUCUGCCCUUGACAACGAGAAGGACCGAGAUAGCCAUGAAGAUGGAGACUAUUACGAGGUUGACAUCAAUGGGCCAGAGAUCCUGGAGUGCAAGUACAAAGUGGCUGUGGCAGAAAUUACUGACCUGAAAGAAGAGCUCAAAAAUUUGAAGGCAAAAUACAAAGAAUGUGAGUCUAAGUAUGAAGAAGAGAAGAGUAGAUAUGAGACUGAGAACCAAGCUCUCACUGAAAAGAUCACCUCACUGGAAAAGUCCAGUCGGCACGAUAGAGAACAGAUGGCCAGGCUGGAGAAGGAGCUGAAGAAAGUCAGUGAUGUUGCUGGAGAAACACAGGGCAGCCUCAGUGUGGCCCAAGAUGAACUAGUCACCUUCAGUGAAGAGCUGGCCAAUUUAUACCACCAUGUGUGCAUGUGCAACAAUGAAACUCCAAACAGAGUGAUGCUGGAUUACUACAAGGAAGGUAAAGGUGGACGCAGUAGUCCAGAGACCAAGGGAAGAAAGUCUCCCAUUCUUCUUUCUAAAGGGCUGUUAACUAUUGAGCUGGGAAAGGCAGAGAAUGGAAGUGGUGACAGCAGCCCAUCCCCGGUGUCAUCUCUGCCAUCCCCUGUGUCAGAUCCUCGGAAGGAACCGAUGAACAUUUACAAUUUGAUUGCUAUAAUUCGGGAUCAGAUCAAACAUCUGCAGGCUGCUGUGGACAGAACAACCGAGCUGUCCAGGCAGCGCGUUGCUACUCAAGAACUUGGGCCAGUGGUGGACAAAGACAAGGAAGCUCUCAUGGAGGAAAUCCUGAAGCUGAAGUCCUUGCUGAGCACCAAGAGGGAACAGAUAGCAACUCUGAGAACUGUGCUGAAAGCAAACAAACAGACUGCAGAAGUAGCCCUUGCCAACUUAAAAAGCAAGUAUGAGAACGAGAAAGCGAUGGUUACGGAGACUAUGAUGAAGCUGCGAAAUGAGCUGAAGGCUUUGAAAGAAGAUGCUGCCACUUUCUCUUCCCUGAGAGCUAUGUUUGCUACAAGAUGUGAUGAAUAUGUCACACAGCUGGAUGAAAUGCAGCGGCAACUUGCAGCAGCUGAGGAUGAGAAGAAGACUCUGAACUCCUUGCUUCGGAUGGCUAUCCAACAGAAACUGGCCUUGACCCAGCGCCUGGAACAUUUGGAACUGGACCACGAGCAGUCCAAAAGGGUGCGCACAAAAUCUGCCUCCAAAGCCAAGGGCAGUAACCCCAGUUGACAGUACUUCUGCGAAAUACUGAUGGCAAAAAGGUAAGCUGGAGAAACUAAUUGAAUGCAUUGUUAGGUUUCUUUUCCUAAAUCCCAAAUUAGUUGGAAUUUCCUGUAACAAUUUUGGUGUUACCAGACAGUGACUAUUGCUUUCAGGCUUGGCUCAUUCUUUCAGUUUCGAGUAUGAGCAAUUUUGCUAUUAGCCCAAUAGCCUUAGUGAUCAUUUCCAUCUUCAGUCAUUUCUGCAAAUAUUUAAAAAACCCUAAGAGCCAGCCUGACUGCGGUUUGAGUCUAUCACCAGUAUGGUUUAUCCUGUCAGAAAACAGAGUGGUGUAAAGUGACUUGAUCCUGCUGUUUGUAUUUUUAAGUAAUAUUUAAGACUGAGUCUUUUAAUUCUUGAUUAACAAUUUCUUGAGAUGUUCAUUUGCUGUAAGUCUUUCAUAUCAGUCUCAAUGGGUUUGGGUAAAGCAUGGGAAAUUCCUUUAGCCAUCACCUACCUCUGUAAGCAGGCUCUUCUGAAUGAUUCUCCGCAUAGGCCUGCAUGAUAUACUGACCUGCAUGUUUCUGGAGAACUUAAAGCUUCACUGAAAACAUUUCUUGCACACUCACUGCUUUUAACUUAUGCUUGAAGAGCAAAGCUUCAUUCAGUACUUGUAAGAAUCCUUCUUUCUGCAAAGCUAUUGCUUCCAGGCUGAGCCCACAAAGCCUUGUUCACCCAGUGGGAAAGCAUCUGCAAGCUGGAGUGGCUGCUGUUCCCCCAGCCAGCUAACAGACCCUCAGCCAACUAAUCUGCCUGUGCAGCACAUGGAUGGGGUUAAGUUUCAGUUGAUUUAGAAAUAAACACUGUGGUUUUUUUCUCCUAAUGCUAUUUUAUUUUUCCGUUUUUCAGCUGUAGAGUAGUCCCUGGAGAAGGCCUUUCCAACAGUGCAACAGCAUUUCUUAGCCCUCCUCACUGUGGUGAGUGGUGGCCCAUUGCACACAGAAUGGAAACCACUGACCUGAUCCUAACUUUUGAAAACACCUUUUCCUAUAUACUACCUGAAACCUUCCCUUACUGCCUGAAGCUAUAAAACAAACAAGCUUUACCUAUCAGUGCUGCUGCAGUAAGAAACCUUACAAGUGCUGAAGAAACCUACUUCAAAUGUAAUGCUCACCAUAUUAGUCUGUGCUCUCCUAGAAAUGUCGGAUGGGGGAAUUUACUUUAUUGCAGAUGCUCCUUUUUUACCUGAUUGUUAAACCUGUGCACUUUUGAUAUUUUUCUUUAGCUUCUUUAAUUCCUUAUGUAGAAGAGUUUAUAUAAAUGCAGCGGUUUGUGCUCAGUCUCUCCAAUUUGAAACGUGUGACUUAUGAGUUAUAUAUCAGCAUGUGGCAGAGAUUUGGGGAGGGCUCUAGAUUGUGAUUAGAAAAGAGUUUCCACAAAAAGCAGGAGCUCUGCUAAACUAUAUGCUGUGCUUCAGCAUCUUUUUUUUUAUUAAAAUGUUAUGCUUUAUAUGUUUAAAUUACUGAUUUUUUUUUAACUGCCAUGUUCAUUAAGAAAUCCAGGGUAUUCAAAUUCUGGGGUUUUUUUCAUAUGGUAUUAUUAUUCUUAGGAAUAGUUCAGUGUAACAAGAAGAAAACUUGACUUCGCUCUGGUUAAAACAGUAAUAGGCACUUGAAAAAUAUUAAAUAAGUAGUAUUACGUAUAAAUUCCAGAAUUCCUGGGUUUUAGGAAAGUGAAGUAUUAUCGAUUAACAGAAUUUUAUACAACUAUACCAGUUAAAUUCCAAAUUGGAAUUGUUUUGUUACUUUUUCAUUUUAUUGUGCCAAAUUAUGGUACAUUUAGAAGGAAAAAUUCUAAAGUGGUCAGUGAUAGGGUGUUAUCUGUCAGCGCCUUUCUGUCACUCAUUAUUGCCAGUAGUGCCUUUGAUCAUUUGAAGGGAGACUUUUAGAGUAGCGUAGGCUAAGUCCUGUCACUUAGGAGGAAUGGAAUGGCUGGUUUGGAAUUUGUUAAAGAUGUGGAGCAAUAAGUGCAAAGUGAACUCCCAUUUCGCACAUUUUUAAUGGUAGACUUACUAUAGAGUUUAUAUAUUCAAGGAAUUGUAAAAAAUUCUGUUAGUCAAUGAUAUUUCAUCAUGCAAAUCCUUGCAAAUUCAGGGGUAUAGAGGGGAAAAAAUCAAAACCGCAAACCUGAACAAACCCGACUACACUUUGGGAAGCAAAUGGACUCAUGUUGAACAGAUGAGCAGUGUAUGACCACAUUGUCGGUAUCGGUGCAGGAACGCGUCGGGAAUGUCGCUGUCUGUGGGUGGUGGCGGGGCGGGAGCCGCAGCGCUGUGUGCAGGUGUGAACCGCAGCACAUCAGGAUCUCCUUUGCAUGUUGUAUCUAAUUGUGAUUUCAGCAAACAGAAAUGGAGAAGCGCAUCAGCAGGCCAUGCCAGGUCCUCAACGGCUUGGUGAGGCCCAUGUGGAUGAUUAAAUUGGUACUUGCCAAAGGGGAGCCUUCCCACUUGUCAAAAAAAGUACAAAUUGAACUAAUAUUGACAGUACAGAAAAGAUUUCUGUUUGCUGGAAAAAGCAUUAUUAUUCCUAGAUGUGGGGACUUAUAAUUCCAUCUUCUGUUACACUAUUGAUUCAUAAGAAAUAUUGUUGCAUUUAAAAUUACUACAUUUGUAUGUGGGUAUUUAUUUGAAAUUAUGUCAAAGUACUGUAUUAUGUUCUAUGUGCAUUACCUUUUAGUGGUGGGUUGUUCUCCAUUUAACGUCCUGUGCAUGUAUUCUUGCCAAGCAACCUUUACACAGAUCUGAAAAACAAAAAAGUUAAACUUCUUAAAAGGAUAACUGUGUGUUAAUUGGAUAACCUUAGGAGGAGGGGUGGAAAUCAAACACUGCUUCCAGAUUAAUAAAACAGUUUUUAAUCUAGGAAAGUAAUGUGCCUGCGUAAAGGUAGUCAUAUUGGCAGGAGCAAUAAAAGACAAAAGGAA